UGAAGAGAAGUAGAAAUAUAUACAUAGCUGUAAUCUCAAAAGAGGAAAGAGCAGAGGCGAAUUCGUGAGUUGCUUCUGUGGGUAAUGAUAGUUGAUUCUGCACAAGCUAUAAAGCGCCAGAAAUUCACCGCCGUUGAUCCAAUGGAGUUGGAAUCAGCUAAGGCGAAGCUUGCUGCUGCAAAAGAAAAGUUUGGACGUGAAAUCCGUGUAUUUGAAACAGCAACAGCUUCUUCAGCGCCUCCUGAUGUUUCCUGCAAUGUGUCAGAGGAGCCCGAAGACUUCUAUGAGUUCACACCGGAGGAUUAUUAUCGACUUUUGGGAACAAAAAAAGAAGAGAAGCACUUGAAGACAAAGAAAAUUCGUGAGGCAGAAGAAGCUGCACGCAGAGCAAGGAUAACUAAGGCUGUAAUUAGAUUACGGUUUCCGGAUAAUUAUAUAUUGGAGGCCACAUUUCAUCCAUCAGAGACGAUCCAGAGUUUACUUGACCUUCUUGUAAAAGUGAUUGCUCACCCUGAACUGCCUUUCUAUAUCUAUACUACUCCUCCUAAGAAGCAAAUAAAAGAUGUAUCUCAGGAUUUCUAUUCUGCUGGAUUUAUUCCUGGUGCUGUUGUCUAUUUCUCUUACGAUCUACCCAAAGGUGAUGAUGGUGCUGCAGCAUCAGGAUCCUAUCUUCAAGAAGAGGUCAUGUCUUUGCAAGGAUUGGAUUCUAUGAUAAAGAAGAUGGAGCCUGGUGAACCUAGCAGAGAUGAAUCUCCGACAAGCAACCCCCCUGCUUCGGUACCAGAUCAAAAGCCUGCUGCUGAUAAGAAGAAAAUUAAGCCGAAGUGGUUGAAACUGUAAUAUGGUUGAUCUUAGGGUUAUACUAUACUCUAAUCCGGUGUUAUCUGUAAUCUUUUGCUUGUUCUGUAUGUAAUCACUUGUCACUUUGCUUCAGAAGGAUUGUCACUUGCUGGAGUUGUAUGCCAAAAUAGGAGGUUUGAACUUGGAAAUAUGUUGUUCCUCAUUCAAAUAUAGAUUGAAAAUCAACUUUA